CUGCUUUUUGCUGACCCAUCACACAAAGCACUUUAUACUGCUUGCUUUUGAAACCUGCCUGUGGCUCCCCAGUCUUCUCUUCACCCUCUCCAUACUCCCGUCUGUCUUCUGCCUUCUUUAUUCCAGGGUCAUAAAACACAACCGUCACAAUGGGAGACGACGAGCAGAAAAAAUCCAAGAUGAACUCAUCUCGUAGAAUGCACCUGAAGAGCUUACUGCUUUCACUUGCCAAAAGUGCAAUCGAGAAGGAGGAAGCAGAUCGAAUAACGGAGAAGGAGAGGUACAUGGGAGAACAUUGCGUACCAUUGCAGAUUUCCGGGGCUUCCAUGGCAGACUUACAGGAGAUAUGCAAAAAGCUUCAUGGCACUAUCGAUGUGGUUGAUGAGGAGAGAUAUGACUUGGAAAUCAAAGUUACUAAGACAGGCAAAGAGAUUGAUGACCUGAAUCUGAAAGUCUUUGACCUGAAGGGCAAGUUUAAGAGGCCACCCCUCAAGAGAGUGCGCAUGUCAGCCGACGCCAUGUUGCGUGCGCUGCUGGGCUCCAAACACAAGGUGUCCAUGGAUCUGAGAGCCAACCUGAAGCAGGUGAAGAAAGAGGACACUGAGAAGGAGAAGGACCUGCGGGAUGUCGGAGACUGGCGUAAGAAUAUUGAGGAGAAGGCUGGAAUGGAAGGCAGGAAAAAGAUGUUUGAGGGUGCUGAAUAAAAGAUCACUCCAUAAAACCUCAUGCUGUAUUGUAGUUCGUGUUUGUAAUACAUUAUAUGUAGGUCAGCUUUGUGCUCAGCUGCAUUGGAAAUAAUCUGUGCUGAUUUAGUUAGUUCUGGUUAGGCUAGAUGAAUAGUAUGCCUGUUGGAUCCAAAUGAGCUUCAUCCAUUAUUUUACUGCCAGGCUUCAAGCCAUAGCCCGCUGACGCAGGCCAAUAAACAUAAUCUGCCAUUGAUUAUUGACUUGCCCUUGCCCAUUUAAUACCAGGAAGCACAAAAUGCUGAGGGAAUUAGAUGGUAUUAAAAGGAGACAGGGCAACCAGAACAUUGGUGAGCAGGUACAAUAACCGGCCUUAUCCUUACUGAACAGACUGCAGGAAUGUGGAAUUAACAAAGUAAAGACCGAGAGAGUUUUGUUAGCUUGUGUACGUGAAUCCAUGGUCAAAUUAUAUGAAGGAAGAAAAAUAAAGAGAAGGGAAAAAAUCAGGUUAAAAGAGAGAUAUAAAGUGGACAAAGUGAAAGCUGAAGCUUCAUAAAAGAAAAUGCAGUGAAUAAGAUGGUUAUGACUUUCUCUAAUGAGUUUAGUUUGUAACUGCCCUGAAAACUGAGUAUCCUUAUACUGUUCAUUGAAUUUGUUAUGCUGAUCAAGGCAAUGAUUUGCUCUUUCUAUUUGGAUUGCUAACAUCAGCCAAGAAUCUGCUCUCAGCUAAGUCAGUGCAUCAUUUCCAUUUAAUUAAUGUUGAACACUGUAAGCUCAAUGUUAUUUUGGCAGUAAACUAUGGCCCAUUAUGUAUCACCAUGCAGCCCCAUACAUGUCAAGUGUCCUUUACUUUGGAAUAACAUGAAGGUUAUUAACAACUUUGUAGAAUUACCAGCAAGAACAUUUAUUUUAUGACCUAUAUGUACUCCAGAUCUAAAGCGAAAGUGUAAAUAAAUUCUUGAAAGCAG